AUGACGGGGAGACUGCGGCUGUAUGUGGUGCUGGCGGCGCUGCGCGUGGCCUGCAGCGUGCUGCUGCUGGGCAUGGUGCACCCGGACGAGUUCUUCCAGAGCCAGGAGGUCAUGGCCAGCCACUUUCUGCCCAUGCAGCAGGAGGAGGAAGCGCUGCGCCGCCAGCUGCACGUGCCAUGGGAGUUCCAGCUGCCGUCGCCCAACCGCUCCGUCGUCUUCCCGGCGCUGGUGGCGGGGCUGCCGUACAAGGUGUUGCAGCUGCUAGGCGUGAAACUUACGGGGUGGCUGCUGCUGGUGACGCCAAGGGCGUUGCUCUGUCUGCUGUCCUUCACUGUGGACGCGGUGGUGUUUGGAGUCGUGGGGCAAUUGAGCAGAACGCAGAAGCCAGAGAUUAGAAGGGAGAAGCAGGAGAAGGCCCUGCUGCUGCUCGCCAGCUCGUGGCCCACGCUCGUGUUUCUCUGCCGACCGUUCUCCAAUACUUUUGAGACGUUGAUGCUUGCACUCUGCUUUGCGGUGCUGUUUCUAGUCAAUCCGCAUCGACGAGUUUUGUGUGGGUUGGUGCACGUGCAGACGGUUCUUCUUGGGAGUCUCUUGGCGUUGGGAUUCUUCACGCGGUUUACGUUUCCGGUGUUUUUCUUCCCACUUGGGGUGGAGCUGGUGCGCCAGCAGGACGCGUUGCUGGUGCACGCGGCACGCAAGAAGGAUGUCGUUGGGCCGUCUGUUGUGCGUCGCCUGGUAGGGACGUUGGCUGUGGGGGUGCAAGGACUUCUCGCGUUUUUGACCUGGUCAGUGGGUUUCAUCGCAGUGGACACGCUCUACUUUCGCCCCGAAGUGUUUGAGGGUGACUGGGAUCGGUCGAUGUUGCAGAAGAUUGCCGGAAAUGCCGUGAUCGCACCGUUGAAUAACCUGCUAUAUAACGCCCAGUACGACAAUCUGGAGCUCCAUGGUGUGCACCCGCGGUUCACUCACCUGACCGUCAACAUGCCGAUGCUGUUUGGCCCAGUCUUUUUGGUCUUCCUGGUGAAGUUUCUGCGCUACCCGGAUCGCUCGGUUUUCGGCAGUGCGUGUGUAUUCUUUCCAUUGGUGUGUUUGUCGCUUGCCCCGCACCAGGAGCCCAGAUUUCUGUUGCCGGCUCUCGUUCCGCUGCAUAUAUUCACUGCAGUGAACGGCAGAACGGGGGUAGUGCGCUUCUUGACGACGCACAAGCUUGGUUUGCUGCUAUGGACUGUGUUCAACGUCGCGUUGACUCUGUUUUUCGGCGUGUUACACCAAGGAGGCGUCGUGCCGAUGCUGCUGUCUUUAUCCACGAUCGCUGCUAACGCUCAGGGUGCAUCUACCGCCAACUGGUUGACGUCCACCUGCCGCUUUGAAGGGGGCAGCAGCUUAUCUCUUAUUGGCACGGCACCCCUGGUUUUCGCAAGGACCUACAUGCCUCCCCGCUUCCUGCUUGCUGGGUUAAGAACCUCACCGUCAUUCCGAGUGAUUGAUCUCGCUGGGGGUUCUGGCACUGACCUCGCCGAUUUGCUGGGCUUGCAGGAGACCGACCAGCCGCAAACAGAUACCGCGUUGCUGGUGCUACCCGCUAGCAUAGACUUCAGUGACAUCAUUCACGAAAGCUCGCUGUCGGUCUCGAGUAUCUCCAAGUUGGGCGGCUGCUCUCCUCAUAUCUCGACGGAAGAUUUGGCACUCGACAAGGCCUUCUCGCUGGAUUUGUACGCGGUGAAGCUAGCACACAAGGCGGCAACCAGUGCCCCGUGA